GUUGCGAGGCGGGCUUUGUAUUGGCUCUGUGUGCGCCGACUGGCUUUCGGAGUAUCAGUGUAUAACAGUAGGGGCUGGGGUGUGGGGAUGAAAAGAAGAGCUAAUUAAAAAUAUAUAUGCAUUUGAAAAACGAUUUUCUUUUUUUCACGGCGGGUUUUGCAAUUUGUGAACAGUCUACACGAUAUUGGAAAAAAGGAUCCCAACUGAUCGGUGAAGAUAAAAGUGCCGGAGUUUUUCAACUUUGUUGUUCAGGGCCACACUCAGACCCCGGGGUGGAAGUAGCAGCGGUGGCCGGGUUUUAAGCGCUUCGGAGCGGGAAGAGCACUCCUGCACUUCCAUUUGUUGGUUUCGAGGGGAUAAUUCUUGUUGAUGUUAUUAUUAUUGAUUAAAGAAAAAACACACACCUCCACACAAGGAAACACGUUCGAUUAUAAAUCUUCAUAAAAAUGUAUGUGGUUUAUUUUGAAUUGGUAACCGGGACUAGUGGUGCAGUCCACGUAGUUUAUGAUACGAUUUGUCCAGUCUAAAUAGUCCGUCUCUAAACGACAGUAUCGGGCUGUAAUUUAUACAGAUAUUAUUAUUAUUAUUAUUAUUAUUAUUAUAAUCAUAACCUACACGGUUUUCCUGCACGGCGUAAUGUCUUUGUACGGUAUGUGAUGUGGGAUGUCUUUUUUCCUAAAAAGGUUGCGGCCCUUUUGAAUGCAGACUAAAACCAACAUUUGCUCUAUUGUUUUAUGCCGAGUAUUCUUGGAGCAUUUUCUUCGAUAUUUAUGAAAGACUUUCUUUGUUGACUGUUUUUAACCCCAAAACGAGAACAAUGAAGCCUUAGACUUUGCCAGGGGACCGCAUUAUCAUAAGAAACAAAGAUGGAUUUUAUCUCCGUGGAGAGGGGGGUACCGGAUUGCAUUCUGCGUUUCCUAGCAUUUUUUUUGUAAAGCAGCAAUCAUGUAUUUUUUAAUAGCAGGGCUGGUCAAUUUGAACUAUUUUUAACAGAUGGUUGGCUCUCGGGAGUGGUCGACAUUAAAACCAGUAUUCUGGUUAUUUGCUGUAGGCAAGCGAAGUUGGACUUGAAUUGGAAGAUAAAUACAUUGUGUAUCUUUAUUUUCUUGUUUGUUUAUUCUCAAGACGUAUAAUUUCGAGAGCUGCUGGUGUUAUUUAAUUGGGAAAACCCUGUAUAAACCUAACAGAGAGCUGCCUCUGUGGUGUACGUGGCUUCACUUAUGUCCAUAUAAUGUUAUAAAUCGAUUGUGUCAACACAUAACAGUUUUUGUGUUUUAGCAUAAGGAGUUUCCUGGUCUGAUCAGAGGCCACGUUUAGUCUCAUUCAGAGCCACUGUGGACCGCAUAUAGGAAUAAACCAGGAGCUUUUAAAACUGUGGUCCAAGAAUAUUAAAGAGGACUCCCUUUAACCCCUUGCUCUGGAUCAGUAGGGGAUAGUGUGCUUCUUUAGGGGGAGCACCCAUAUCUCCAGGCUUGCCGUCAGGUACCGAUGCGAGGAAGGAUGGGUACACAGGGUAGCCCCGUCAAGAGCUACGACUAUCUCCUCAAGUUCCUGCUGGUGGGAGACAGCGACGUGGGAAAAGGGGAGAUCUUGGGCAGUCUUCAAGACGGGUCGGCUGAGUCCCCAUAUGCCAACAGCAGCGGAAUUGACUACAAGACCACUACAAUCCUCCUGGAUGGGAGACGUGUCAAACUGGAACUCUGGGACACAUCAGGACAGGGCCGUUUCUGCACAAUCUUCAGGUCCUACUCCAGAGGGGCGCAGGGAAUCCUGUUGGUUUAUGACAUCACUAACCGCUGGUCCUUUGACGGCAUUGACCGUUGGAUCCGCGAGAUAGACGAGCAUGCGCCUGGAGUGCCGCGGAUCCUGGUAGGAAACCGGCUUCACUUGGCAUUCAAACGCCAGGUGCCAACGGAGCAGGCACGCGCCUACGCAGAGAAGAACGGCAUGACCUUCUUCGAGGUUAGCCCCCUCUGCAACUUCAACGUCAUAGAGUCUUUCACGGAGCUCUCGCGUAUCGUCCUGAUGCGGCACGGCAUGGAGAAGUUCUGGAAACCCAACAGAGUUUUCACCCUGCAGGACCUGUGCUGCCGAGCCAUCGUGUCGUGCACCCCGGUUCACCUCAUCGACAAGCUGCCACUACCCGUGGCCAUCAAGAGCCACCUCAAGUCCUUCUCCAUGGCCAACGGGAUGAACGCUGUCAUGAUGCAUGGUCGCUCCUACUCGCUCGCUAACACGCCGGGGGGCAGCAAGGGGAACAGCUUGAAACGCUCCAAAUCCAUCAGGCCCCCCCAGAGCCCUCCUCAGAACUGUGCCAGGAACAACUGCAAGAUCUCUUAGCAUGCAGGUGCAGGCCAGAGCCAUCAGACCUCUGCAAGACAGACUCUGGCCCGGUUUAGGCAUUUUCAGAAUGCCCCCAGUCAUAACGAAGAACUCCCCACCCAACCUCUCUGUUCCUUCCACAGACGAGAUUUGAAAUCACUGCCCACUGGAAUUCCCAUGCUACCAAUCAGGAUUAAGACUCCACCAGCACCAAAGUCUGUCCUCCAAUAAGACCCCAUCUCCCCUGUCGCCUUAUCAUUAACAGAGUCCUCUUUGUCCAAUCAGGAAUUGGGGGUAAUUCCUCUUCCACCUGGCCAGAAUGCACUGUGCCUGGAGUCUGACAAUAAAACUUUUUUUUUUUUUUUUUUUUAAUUGCUAUUUAAUUUUAUUUUUUUUUCUUGGAGAAACUAGAGAGCUUUUUAUUAAUUUUUGCACUGAAAUUCCUCUGUGCUGCUUUGCUUUCCGCAAAGGGACCGUGCAUCACUUUUGGGGGUGGCCUGCCUCAAAAAAAAUGUAUUUAGCCCUCCAAACAGGGGAGCUUAAGACUUUGAGAGGUUUAGGGGUUACAUCAAAAAGCAUCAUCUCCUGGACUUUAAAAUUACAACAGCUUAAAAACAAAAGGCAUCAAUGUUUGUUUUUUGCCUGAGAAAUUCUCUAUUUGCCACUUUGUCUCGUUCUUGCUCUCUCUGUCUCCGGAUUUCUGAGUGAUUCACACUUCAGACUCUCCAGAUUCUUAAAAUUAAUGCACUAGUCAUUAGUUUACACCAUUUGCACAAACUUUGUUAACAAAUCAUAGAAAAAAAUUUGAGUGUCACAAUGUGUGUUAAUCAGAAGGAUUAGCAGUCAGGUUCUUAUUUUCCUUUAAAUAUCUCUGGACAAUUUUAUAAAUGUCUGGAGUGGUCAGUCCCUGGAUUUUAAACAAAUUAAGAAAAAAAAAAAAAAAGUUACAUUCUCUAGUGCUGUCAGUCCCUUGACUUUCACAGGAUUAAUUCCUGUGCUGUACUUGUCUUGAGGAUGUAUGUACACAAAUUAAAAAGAGAAAUCUGAACCUGUCUGUUUUUCCCUGCAACAGAAAUCCACUGCAUGAAUUGCUAAAUCACUAAAAUUCUUACUGUAAUGAUUUCCAAAAUCUGGAUACUUGAGUUUGUUGUAUUUGUAACGGUUUUAGGACACUCCCUUUUAACCUAAACAAGAUGGACCAAAUUUCCAUUAUUAUACUUUGCAGAAUUUAUUUCUCCACAGCAGGGUUAAACUUUAAACUUGUCUUUUUCACACAGCCACAUUCCCAGACAACCCCCUCCACUUUCAUAUUGGGCUUUAUGCGAUUCAUUUUCUCCUUGGAUAAUAAGCUGCAUUGUCCUCACAAGGGUACAGUUUUUAAAUAGGAAGGGCUACUUAAAAUACACUAGCUGGGGCUCUUCUGAGGACCCUGUCGUUGGAAAACCCACAAUUGUUUUACAUUGAGAAACAUUGUUUGCAACAGUUCAUUUUAAAUAGGAUUUAUUCAACAUUUCUUAUUAUUGCCAUGGGUUUUUGGGUGUCAUAAAGAAGGAAUGAGUCUAAUCUGCUGUUGGAAACUAAAUCAGGUGAAGUAAAACCCACAGAACUAUUCAUACUGGAGCUUGAUGUUGAGACAGCAGCCUGCUACACUCUUAAUGUUUUUCAUUUGCUUAUCUGGUAUGUAACACAGUGGUCUUCCAGGCUUGUGUUUAGAUGCCAUCUCCUUGUGCUAAAACUUGGCUUAAUACAAAUGAAAGAAAACUGUUGAUACCCAUGAAGCUUGCAGUUUGAGGCAUGCAAUAUUCCAUGUUGCAUGUUCUAGUAUGAUAUUGAACCCACACCACAGUUGCAGCUUUAGCAGUAUUUUCCUUUUUUUAAGUUUUCUAGUUGCUUUUAAAAGGAAUAUAAAGGAAAACUACACUCCCCCCCCCCCCCCCCCCCCCAAGAGAGGCUUAUAUACUGCACAUGCAUGCUUCAGGGAGUCAUGUCGAUUGGGCGUGUCACAGAAAUCCCUAUAUCUGCAGAAUCUGCUGCAUCCCUCCCUCCUUUUACCAGUCUGGCAGAUGAAGCGGACUAGAUGUUUGCUGAGUGCUAGGUUGUUUUCGGAGGGAUCAGGGGUUCCCAAAAAGGGCAUCCAAAUGAGGGUUGUGAUGCUUUGAACUGCUUUCACCGGAUGCAUUAUUAAUACUCUCCAUUACCCUUCUAAAGUCUAUUUCUUAGUUCUCAAUUUCCAUUCCAUUUCUACACGUUAUAUUUACUCAUGGCCUAUGAAAGCUGAUUGUCAGUGAAGCACCACACAGUAGAGAAAUGGGUGAGGAUGGGAGGUUGAUGUAUUAUGUCCCAUGACCAAUUUUUCCUUUACCAUACUGGCUACAUUGACAGCUGCUGGUAUUAUGGUCAAGGGACUACGGUGAGAGGAGUGUAAAGAAAUGUGAUCUCAUUAUUUGAACACCAAGUUUCUCCUUUGCUACAGUACAUACAACUCCCAUUUGAAUCAAAGGUAAACUGUGUCAUAAAGAGGAUGUGAUAUUAGCCAGAAAAUAUAUUAUUAUAUUUUUUAAACAUACCUUGUGGUGCACAAAUAAACAGUCAAAUUCAAUCAGUGUAAAGGGAUUUUGCAGAAAGUAUUAAAAAGCAGUGUUCAUUAAUGGGUUUUAUUGAUCAAGAUGGGUGACUUGUAGCCCCUUUUGGUAAUGUAUGCAAAUUCCUUGCAGAAGGUUUAGGAGUCAGUUGUUUUUUUCAUUUUUUUUUCUUCCCUGUCAAGGGAGGGGAGGGGAGGGAACAAAACUAGUAAGUUUUUAUUAAAAUGUGUAAACACUAUUUCUGUUUGGUUGAAGCUGCUGGGUGAAUUUAAUGAAGAAUGCUUUUUUUUUUUGGUGUUCUCAAAAAAACCUUUUUUUAUUCUUGAUUGUACAGUUUUGAUGUUAUUUAAGACUGAAAUGCAGCCUUUUUCACAAUAAAACAGUUAACAGUA